AUGUCCGCCGACGACGAUGAAGACGACUACAUGAACAUGACCUUCCAAGACGCUCCCCCCACAACAGAAACCUCCGUCCAGCGCGCCGAACGCCUCAAGCGAGAAUCCCGCGCCCGCGGCAUCAUCAAAUCCAAGGCACAGCUCGCACAGGAAGAAGCCGCCGCGAGAGAGAAAGCCCUGGCAACGUCCCUGCUCGAGGAUGCGCGCGCCAAGAAGAGCAAGGGCCUUGCCAUGAUGGCCAAGAUGGGCUUCAAGGGGGGCGGUCUGGGGAAGAAGACGGAAGACGGGCAGGGCUCGGGCAAGGCGGAGCCUAUCAAGAUCAGCAUCAAGGAUGAUCGUGGCGGUAUUGGAAUGGAGAGUGAGAAGAAGAGGAAGCUCCAGGAAGCUGCUGAAGAGCGGGAGAUUAAGAGCGUAAAGAUUGAUCCGCUGGAGUAUCGCGAGAGGAUGCGGGAGGAAAGGGAAAAUGCGAGGCUGGAAGCACAACUGCGUGCUGCGCAGCGUACGGCAGAGAGGCUGGACGAAGAAAAGACCAGCACAGAGCUGAGCCAGAACCCUCUUCUUCUCCCUCCUCCUUCUGCUUCUUCGGGAGAGGAAGCUUCAAAGUCAAAGUCAAAGCCCAAGACAACGUCGUCUCGGCCACUCAAGUCUGUUCCCGUAAUUUACCGCGGCUUGGUUCGUCAUCGCGAGGAAAAGGAGCUCGAGCGACGCAAGAAGCAUGAGCUGGAGCAGUCCCUUUCACGGCUGCCGACAUAUGAGAAUAGCGAAGAGGAGGAUGACGACGAUAAGAUGGCUUUGGGCAAGGACGUCAACUUUUCUAUUGCGGAGGAUUUGGACGAAGAAGACGAAGAGCUGGAGGAGUUCAAUGCUCUCGAUCUUGGCACGAGACUGGCUCGUCUUGUCAUGUACCUGCGAGAAAGACAUCGGUAUUGUUUCUGGUGCAAGAUGGCGUAUCCGGAUGCUGAAAUGGAUGGCUGUCCUGGUAUUACAGAGGAGGAUCACGAUUGA